CUCGACAUCAGUCAAAACGACGACAUCGACACUUCAGAUCCUGCCCCUGCCCUAGAAGAGACUUCAUCAUCUGAUGACUGGUUUAGUCUUCUCAAUCCCGAUCCGUGGCACCUGGAGAUGAAUUUUUGGAGCAAUCUCGGAGAACAUUCCUUUCUCUCGAACAUGGAUCCUGCAUUACAGGCAAUGCAAUAAGUGGGCAAGAAGCAGGAACGGCGUCAGUAAAGGUCGCUAGUGCGUUCAUAGUGCAGUGGAGUUGCUUGCGGACCGGCUUUCGGAGAGGGUCACGGAGUGUCGAUUUGGCUCUUCGGUCAGUCUUGGAGUAAGUUGUGCAACUACACCACGAUGACGGAGAUCUUACUCCGAGAUACAGAAGCUUGAGUCUUGUCACGCAUGCAAGUGCAGUACAUAUAUAUUCGGUCUCCAGAACCCUCUGCUUCGUUCCUCAACACUCACUCCCUUGAAUAUUCAGUGCACCAAGCCUUUUGCAGCCAUGGCCCGCCUCACCAUGGACGAUGUCGAGUCUUUGAGAGCAGAGUCAGAGCCGAUGCUCAUGGACAUAGCUACAUACUCGCUCUCGGACUCAUAUAAAUCUCAGCAUUGCAACAAGAAGCCUCAGAGCAAGUCGAUGGUAGACCAUUUUAGCAUUGAAGCCAGCAAUUUCCGAGGAUCUGCACUUAAGAGGACUGCCAAGCAGCAUUUCAAGUCCAGACUAAUCCCUCUUGGCAUCGGCCGGCCGAUAGAUGAUUUCUAUCCCUGGGAGUCAAUUGCACUCAAAGAAAGCUUCACUUUACCCCAAUCAAGUCAUACCAUUGGACUCAAUCCGAAUGUUAACACCAUCGCAAAGCGCCAAGGCCUUUUCAACUUGUCAACUGGUCUCAACUACUCUCAUUCCGUUGGCCAGCAACCAUUACUUCGUUUCAUAACGGAACAUGUGGAGAUCAUCCACAACCCGCCAUACAGGGAUUGGAGCGUAUGUCUCACAUGCGGAUCUACAUCUGCGUUGGAGAUUGCAUUGCGGAUGUUUUGCAAUCGUGGCAAUGCCGUUUUGACAGAAGAGUACACAUAUCCUGGGUUCAUCUCUUCCACACAAUUGCUCGGCGUUCAGACGGUUGGUAUCAGAAUGGAUGAUAAUGGCUUGAUUCCCGAAGAGCUAGCUCGAACUUUGAGGACAUGGGAUGAUUCCACGGGAAGCCGACCGAGGGUUCUAUACACUAUCCCUUCUGGCCAGAACCCUACAGGUAUCACACAGUCACUGGAACGAAAGAAGGCCAUCUACCAGGUAGCCGAAGAAUACGACCUGAUCAUCAUCGAGGAUGACCCGUACUACUUUCUCCAGGCAACCCAUCAGACAAUGCCAAAUACCAAUGCCAUCGAGUCCUACAUCUCACAUCUGCCGCCAACCUUCCUGCCCCUAGACCACUCAAGCAGAGUCAUCCGCCUAGACUCAACCUCCAAGAUCCUCGCUUCCGGCCUACGCGCCGGCUGGGUGACAUCCAGCAACGAAAUCAUCGAGAAGUUCAUCUCCUACCAAGAAGUCGGCCCUCUAGCCAUGAGCGGGCCAACACAGCUGAUGCUUUGGAACCUGCUGGACGCUAAAUGGGGACAUCGCGGCUUCAUGGCCUGGCUUGAGCAUUUGUCGCGGCAGUAUCGCGCCCGGUUGGACAUUGUGCUCGAAGCGUGUGAGAAAUAUCUUCCUAAGGAUGUAUGCUCGUGGAAGCCGCCGGAUUGUGGCAUGUUUCUUUGGAUUCAGGUUGCUGUGGAGAAACACUCUGAAUUUCGAGAGAGUGGUUUUAAGGUUGCCGACGUCGAGGAGAGGAUAUGGUCGAGAGCUUGCGAGAAUGGCGUUCAGGUCACGAAAGGGUCUUUGUUCAACGCCGCGGCAUCACGUCCCUCAAGAGUGAGCUUCCGCCUCACGUACGCGGCUGCCGAUGAAGAUGAGCUAGACAAAGGCGUAAAACUGUUUGCAAAUGCUGUCCGUGAAGAAGUUGGGCUGGAAAGGGUUGAGUAGGGGUUUCUUUGACAGCGGGGUCGUGUAGCGUUUAUGUUAUAUAAACUCUGGUUAGAAUGUGAUUGGAUGAUUUCAGCGAUAAAGGCGCGUCGGGACAAGCUCGAGGCAGAAAGUCGAACCCGAAGUGCUCGUUUCCAAAAAGUUGGUUGAAUAACUUUCCGGGUCCCUUGUAAAGGUGCUAGUUUGAGUAGGUAGUGAAAAUAAAGAGUUAAGUAAAGUAUCGAGUUAGAAUAAAAGUAUAGAG